CCCCUAUUUGAACUACCGUUUUCUUGGGGAGGAGGAUUGUGGUGCACCUUGUGAGCCCUCAAAACCACAUGGAAUGAUGUACUUCAAUGAGGACAAGUUGACAUUCGCCAAAAUAUGGAUUGGAAUAUGGUCUGUGUUAUGCUGCAGGUCCACUCUGUUCACAGUUUUGACCUACUUGGUGGACAUGCAGAGGUUCAGCUACCCAGAGCGACCCAUCAUUUUCCUAUCAGGCUGCUACACCAUAGUAUCAUUAGCCUACAUCGCUGGCUUCUUGUUGGGGGACAAGGUGGUAUGCAACAACCGCUUUGACAGUGACGUCAAAACAGUCAUCCAAGGCACCAAAAAGGAGGGCUGCCCCAUUUUGUUCAUGAUGCUCUACUUUUUCAGCAUGGCCAGCUCCAUCUGGUGGGUCAUCCUAGCCUUGACGUGGUUCUUGUCAGCCGGGAUGAAGUGGGGUCACGAGGCCAUCGAAGCCAACUCGCAGUACUUCCACCUGGCGGCAUCCGCCAUCAAGACCGUCACCAUCCUGGCGGUGGGGCAGGUGGACGGCGACGUUCUGAGUGGCGUGUGCUACGUGGGCAUUAACAGCGUGUACGCGCUCAGAGGCUUCGUUCUGGCGCCGCUCUUAAUCUACCUCUUCCUGGGCACCUCAUUCCUUCUGGCCGGCUUCGUGUCGCUCUUCCGCAUCCGGACUAUCAUGAAGCACGACGGCACCAAGACGGAGAAACUGGAGAAGCUCAUGGUGCGCAUCGGCAUCUUCAGCGUCUACACGGUGCCUGCCACCGUCGUCAUUGCGUGCUACUUCUAUGAGCAGGCGUUCAGGGAACAGUGGGAAAAGAGUUGGAUGUCGCCAGACUUUACCGUCUUCAUGAUCAAGUACCUGAUGAUGUUGAUUGUGGGUAUCACCUCUGGCUUCUGGAUUUGGUCGAGUAAGACGCUGAAUUCGUGGAGGAGAUUUUAUACAAGACUGGCGAGCAAUAAACAGGGUGAGACAACAGUGUAAGACCUAAUACUGUUUGUUGUCCCCUGAACACACACACACAGAUGCAUGAACUGAAGAAAAAGCUACUGUGACACACUUUUUUUUUUUUUAAGUUCUAAAUAAGCUUUUUUGGGGAGACUUUUUUACAUAUACAUAUUUGUAUUUAAAAUAGCCCACACAUUUGAUUCUAAUCAAUCACACUUUGAUAUAAAAAGAAGGAUAGCUCUUAUCUAGUUCAAUGAGGAGAAUUAGACUGUCUGAACUUUUUCAUUAAUUCUAUUUGUGCUCCAUUGAACUUUUUCAUGUCAUCCCUUUAGUGGUGUUUCAUGUGAACUAUGGGAAGAU